AUGAUCAAUUCAGUGUUGAAGUUGAAAGAUUCAUCUGAGAAUGUCUGGAAUAUACAGCAGAUAAAUUGUUUGGACGAAGGUGCAGAACCUUGGGCUUGCGACAACCUUCAGGGAGAGGGAGACAACCCACGUCUUCAUCAAACAGCUGAUGGCAUUGCCGUUCCUACCCUGGAAUCAUGUUGAGGACGUUUUCAACGUCAUGACCAACAGAUGUCCACCGCACCUAGAGGAGCUGGUAGGAUACGUCAAGACUCAGUGGAUGCAGAAUCCAGUCUUCCCUAUCCGAUCCUGGAGCGUCUUUGACUUCAAAGUGAGAACCAACGACGAUGUUGAAGGUUGGCAUCGCAGGAUGAACGUGAAGGCCCAAGGACUCUCUCUUCCUUUAUAUCACCUGAUCCCCCUGCUGCUGAGGGAAGCAGAGUUGGUGAAGACAAGGAUCGCCGCAUGUGACCUGGAGAGGAACGUGAGGCAGAUAGUGACAACCACGCAGAAGAAGAUAGAAGAUGCGGCAGCCAGAUACAUGGAGGACAUCAUCACCGCGUCCCAUUUCCUGAAGGUCUGCGGAUCUAUCUAAGCUGGUGUGUUUGACGUUUGAGGUGCGAUGUGAUGUACUGUGAUGUGCUGUGAUGUUCUGUGAAACAUUGUGUUUGUGUUGAGAUAACUUACUUAUUCAUGUUUGUAUACGAUAUUGUUUAUGUAUGUGUUAUGUAUUCAAGUUUGCAGUUGAAAACAAUGAAAAUAAAAAAGAAUAUUUAU